ACAGUAUACUGUACAUGUAUUUUCGGAUAACACUCACCCUGCAGUCACUCUUCACAAUAUUAGCGCCGUCCGGUGACCUCUUGAGCGCCAAUAUCUGCUUCAUUCUUUGAUACCGGACCCCAUCCUAUGUCGAACGACGACCCCCGUGACGCCUCUCUGGAAUCCAAAUUUGUGCUCCCCAACACUUGGUAUCGAGAUGAUGCUGAUUCACUAAGCACUUCUGGAGUGUUCUUUUCCGGUUUGGUCAUGGUGACAAGGAACAGAUAUCUAGCGUGGCCCGGGGUGCUAUUCGCAUUGAACUCGGCAAUAAACCAGCAUACCUUGCGUGCAAAAGAAGGAUCUGGUGGGGCUUUAGGGAACUUGACUUUGUCCUUCAUGGCACUUCUGGCUUCUUAUAUCCCAUUUGUUACCGUUACAGCAACAAAAAUCUCAUAAUUAAGCCUUGCAGACACGAACACCUGGUAGAUAGCUGGA